UAACCAAGUUACCGGAAGGAGUCUACCAGGCCGAUAAGGCUUGGAUUCCCCUGCAAUGUCGGCGGCCGACAGUCUGCAUCUGAGUUGUUCGUUUUGGGAACCACAGAUGGGAAGUUCCACCUCGUAUCUAAGAACGGUCGUUUUGAGAAAAGUGUGGAGGCACACACAGGGGCUGUUAUUGCCAUCAAGUGGAGUAAAAACGGCAACUCUCUGGUGACGGCUGGGGAGGAUGGUCAGGUGAAGAUAUGGUCCAGAUCUGGCAUGUUGCGCUCCACUCUGGCUCAAGUUGGUUCGCCAGUGUACUCGGUUGCCUGGGGUCCAGACAGUGAACAGAUCUUGUACGCAUGUGGCAAACAAAUCAUCAUUAAACCUCUCGCUCCCUCUGCUAAAACAACCCAGUGGAAAGGACACGAUGGGCUAAUCAUGAAGGUGGACUGGAGCUCUGUAAACAAUCACAUUGUAUCAGGUGCUGAGGAUAGGAAAUAUAAAGUGUGGGAUAGUUAUGGUCGUCUCCUGUUCGCCUCCCAUCCCCACCAUUACCCCAUCAUGUCCGUUUCCUGGUCACCUAACGGGGAGAUGUUUGCUGUGGGAGCCUUCAAUACCCUCAGACUUUGCGAUAAAUCUGGCUGGUGCUACAGUCUGGACAAGCCGAACACGGGAUCUAUCUACUCCUUGGAUUGGUCACGUGACAGAGUCGUUGGGAGUGGCCUGCACAUCACACACAUCCGCUUAGCGUAUGCCUGGAUAACACAAGUUAGGGAACACUUGACUACCAGCUCCCAAUCCGGGCCAGAGACCCGCAGCAAGGAGUCAAUAGACGGAGGUAUUUGGACUCAUUGGAGUUACACAGCCGUGUCCAGUGGCGUAGUUGAUGGUCCACAAGACCUGGGUGGGAGGCAUUACGAUGAGCGGACUGCCCCAUUUCUGGUUCCUAGUGGGGGAGCGGCCUGUCGUCUAUGGGAGGUGCUGGCUCAUCAGCAAGGAAACCACCCUAUUUGCUACCUAUUUGUCCUGCGUGCAUAG